AUGUGCAGUAAACAGACCCAAGACUUAGACAAAAGAGUAAAACUCGAAGAAAAGGAAGUUCAAGCAUUAGUUUCCCCUCGUGCGCGGUGUGAGUCCAGAUCACCUCCUGUCAUGGGCACCAAGUCCAUCGCGAAAAUGGCUUCAGUGUCAUAUGAAGAUGCGUCGCCAAUCAAACACGCGGUUAUCCUUUCUAACGCUCUGAGUGCUUGGCGGUCAAUUCCAAUCGUCUUGGACGCUCUUUUCCCAGGCACUGUAGCACCAAACCGCUGUAGAUCAACCAGCGCUGCUUCGAUUACCAGUGACUUGACGAUCCUCACAGCACCACAAUCCGGGAGCUCCAGAAUAUUAUUACCCGCAGGGCAACAAGAGCCUUUGUUACCAAGGGUUAAUGAAGAGGAAGCACUAACUGUCAGUAAACAGCUAGCAGCCAAAUCACUUGCAUCAGUGAAGGGCCCAGAACCAACUCAGCCCAUGGGGAAGGAGAGACAAUUUAAGCCCGAGUACACCAUGGGCUUGCUAGCAGUACUGGCUAGAGUAGUAAGCCGUGUUAACCGCCUGACGUCGUCCAACAGCAGCACCAUUGAUGGAAAUCGACUACUACCAAUGAAGACCGCUGCACCCAGUUUCGCUGAAUUUGGCAUUGCCUUGUCGCCUGUUCUGAUGUUCAAUAUCAGAAGAAAAGACCAUGAUGAGAACUCUUUAGACACCGCCCUUCAUGAAUCAACUUUACAGAUGUCCAAAACUGUUUCGGCUGCUAUGUCGACAGCACACGUGAACAUCUCAGCCAACAGCCGCACUGCCACUGUUGCAUCCUUUAAGAACGUGGAGACGGAGUUACAGCAAAAGGAUGCUUCCAGUGACAAUUAUAACAAAAGUAUCAGCAGCAGUAGGGAUAUCGGUGGUCACAUGUUGAGGACCGUGAGUCGUCCAUUGUCGGCGCCAAUGCCAAGACGCUCUACAUCUAUCAGUGACCUUGCACGUGAUUUGCCGACCCCGAGGCAAGCUGCUCACUCAGUAUCGCUCCCAACUCCAGCUCGGUUUUCUGAUGAUGAACAAGCAAAACCAGCUAAGCUGAGACUUGAUGCACCAAAACCUCAAUCGGCGCUGGUGACGUCGACAAAAACCAAGGCAGUAGAGCCACAGUCAGUGAUGGCUUCCAAGCCUUCUUCUGCUUCUGCUUCCCCCAGCAACACCUACAGAACCCAAAACACUGAUCAGGUUAAGUCUGGCUCGUCUAUCCAUGCUCCCACAAGCAAUGAAGACAUAAUCAAGGCAAUGUCUUCUUCUGCUACUUCUCCCAAGACCACUGAGCGCUUUGCUUCCAAACCUGAGGUGAAGGACGCGUGUGAAACUGAAAGUCCUUCACUUCUAACCGCAUAUGACAUCCAAGAAAAAAUAAACAGCCUCUCAAUACAUGCCAAAGAGACACGAACUCAGAAGAGGAGGAGACGUCGAGAAAAGGCUAAGCUAUAUGCCAGCUUGCGAGCUCUGUCGAAUGAAACAACGCCAGCCAACGACAGCAAGGCUGAUAAUACGCAGGCUAGCGUCACUGAGAUUGAUGAGGAUGUUACUACCACUGUUGCAUCCUUUAAGAACGUGAAGACGAAGUUACAGCAAAAGGAUGCCUCAAGUGGCAAUGAUAACAAAAGUGUCAAUAGCAGUAGGGAUAUCAUUGGUCACAUGUUGAGGAUCGUGAGUCAUCCAUCGUCGGCGCCAAUGCCAAGACGCUCUACAUCUAUCAGUGACCUUGCACGUGAUUUGGCGACCCCGAGGCAAGCUGCUCACUCAGUAUCACUCCCAGACCUGACCAUGGUGCAAACUCCAGCUCGGUUUUCUAAUGGUGAACAAGCAAAACCAUCUAAGCUGCGACUUGAUGCACCAAAACCUCAAUCGGCGCUGGUGACGUCGACAAAAACCAAGGCAGUAGAGCCACAGUCAGUGAUGGCUUCCAAGCCUUCUUCUGCUUCUGCUUCCCCCAGCAACACCUACAGAACCCAAAACACUGAUCAGGUUAAGUCUGGCUCGUCUAUCCAUGCUCCCACAAGCAAUAAAGACAGAAUCAAGGCAGUGUCUUCUUCUGCUAUGGCUCCAAAAACAUCUGAGCGUUUCACUACCAAGCCUGGUUCGUCUAUCGAUGCUCCCACAGGCAAUAAAGACAGAAUCAAGGCAGUGUCUUCUUCUGUUACAGCUUCCAAGACAUCUGAGCAUUUUGCUACCAAGCCUGGUUCGUCUAUCGAUGCUCCCACAGGCAAGAAAGACAGAAUCAAGGCAGUGUCUUCUUCUGUUACAGCUUCCAAGACAUCUGAGCGUUUUGCUACCAAGCCUGGAUCGUCUAUCGAUGCUCCUACAGGCAAUAAACACAGAAUCAAGGCAGUGUCUUCUUCUGUUACAGCUCCAAAGACAUCUGAGCGUUUUGCUACCAAGCCUGGAUCGUAUAUCGAUGCUCCCACAGGCAAUAAAGGCAGAAUCAAGGCAGUUUCUUCUUCUGCUACUACUUCCAAGACCACUGGGCGCUUGGCUCCGUCGGGUUUGUCUUUACAUGCUCUUCCAAGAAACAUAGACAGAACAAGUUCUAGUAAAUCAAUCUCUUCGAAGCGUUCAAGCGACUCAGGCCCUUCAGCAUACACGCUAAGGGUGAUAAGGGAGAACCUCAGGACCAGCAGCCUUUCAGUGACGCCCCCAGAAAGGAGCCUUCAGACGCCUGUACCACCGAAACCAACUGAAGCACAAAAAAGAAAAGCACGCAGGGUGAAGCUGGAGAUGUACCUGAGCAUGAGCUUAAAUACUCAAGGGGUUCAUAGAAGAGGGUCAUCUAAUACACCAAGUGCUGCUAAACGCACAAUCAAAAUGACUGAAGAUGCAUUCCCGACGACGGGAACAAGUGGCGGGCGUCAGAAAGCCACGGUUAUUGAUAGAGCAGAUGCAUCGAAGUGUCCCACUGGCUAG